AUUUCGUCUUUUUGUCUCUGAAUCACGCAGAUCAUAAGUCACGUAGUGCACGUUGCUGCAUGAGUUAAUAGGAAGUAGACGGAGUUUCAUGAGUUCCGCCAUACACAGGUGUUUUUGCAAGGUAACUGGGAGUUUGGACGACUGCGCCUGUGAUGUCGAGACGAUCGAUAGUUUCAACAACAGGAAACUCUUCCCUCAACUUCAAAAACUACUUUCGUCUGAUUAUUUCCGAUUCUAUAAGGUGAAUCUGAAUAAUCCGUGUCCAUUCUGGACAGACAGUGGCCACUGCGGUCUAAGGGACUGUGCGGUUAAACCAUGCACUCCUAAUGAGAUACCUGAAGGUCUCAAAUCCAGCAGCUACAAGUAUUCAUUGGAGGGCAACAGAGACACAGAGGAUUGUGAAAUGGCUGAGAAGCUUGGAGCUGUCAACAGCUCUCUAAGUGAUGAGACCCGCCUGGCUCUCCUUGACUGGAACAGAUAUGAUGAUGAGGCUGAUCGCUUCUGCAUGCAUGAUGACGAGGACUCUCCAGAUUCGCAGUAUGUGGACCUCCUCCUGAACCCUGAGAGAUACACAGGUUACAAGGGUCUUGAGGCCUGGAAAAUAUGGAAUAGCAUAUAUGAAGAGAACUGUUUUAAACCUUACUCAGUUAAGCGACCACUGGAUCCUCUGGUGUCUAACAGGGGAGAUGGUGAAGGAAGGGGAUUUUACCAGUGGCUGGAGGGUCUGUGUGUGGAGAAGAGGGCUUUCUUCAGGCUGGUAUCAGGACUGCAUGCCAGCAUUAAUGUGCACCUAAGUGCCAGGUAUAUGUUGGAUGAUAACUGGUAUGAGAGGAGGUGGGGUCCCAAUGUUACGGAGUUCCAGCUGAGAUUUGAUGAAGAACUGACAAAAGGGGAGGGGCCAAAGUGGCUCCGUAAUCUUUACUUCCUGUACCUGAUUGAGCUCCGUGCACUGGCUAAAGUCCUACCUUUCUUCGAGCGACCCUCGCUUCACCUGUACACUGGCCAGACACAACAGGACAGAAAGAAUAAAGAACUGCUAUUGGAGCUCCUCCACAUGGCCAAGUCUUUCCCACUUCAUUUUGAUGAAACCACUCUCUUUGCCGGAGAUAAGAAAGAAGCCGAUAAACUAAAGAAUGAUUUCAAACUGACUUUUAAGAACAUAUCCAGGAUCAUGGACUGCGUAGGAUGCUUUAAGUGUAGGCUCUGGGGCAAGCUACAGACCCAAGGCUUAGGUACUGCUCUUAAGAUCCUUUUCUCAGAGAAGCAGAUAGAAGCUCUGCAUCAGUCCAGCAGCAUCAAACCAUCAUUCCAGCUCAGUCGGCAGGAGAUUGUUGCCCUCUUCAAUGCCUUUGGGAGAAUCUCAACAAGCAUUAGAGAACUGGAGAACUUCCGGCUACUGUUAUCAGAACUCAACCAAUGAACUUGGUUUCAGCUAGUUUUUGCACUGUUCAACGCUCCUCACUGUGGAUUUGCCUGGUACACGUGAUGAGCUGGAGGAGUGGAUUCUUAAAGAUCAAGGGUUUGUUGGAGGUUGGCUAGUUUAGGCCAAGCAUAACAUUUAAACAGAUGCAAUUCACCCAUGAACUACGCAGACACUUCCCCUAGAGAAUUUCACGGGAUUUCCUGUGUAUUAUAUAUACACACAUCCUGGACCUAGUUUAAAUCUAGCCAACCUUAAAGCUUAUUAAACCUGUACUUCCUCUUGUCUGUUUAACACUGUUGCUAAAGAAUGGAGCUUGGGUAACUUCACUGUAGACACACUGGCCAUCACAGGGAAGAAUGAUUAGUAAAGAGCACUUAACUGCAAUUAAAUCAGUUAUGAAAUGGUUUGCACUACUAGUUCAGUUCACAAUCCCACUGCUGAAAGCAUUUCAUAAAGUUUCAGAAGACAAAAACAAAAAAUAAAUUUAGGAACUAAACAAGGAGAUUGUCCUUCUGAACAUUUCUUGUGGAUUCAAAUUAAAAUGUCAUCUGAGCCAAUAACUUUA